AUGAAUAAGACUCUGUGUGAGUCAAUUAGAUGGUAUGUCAGUCAAAUAAAGGGAUCAAAUCCUGAAGAUAUCGCUGAUGGUGAUAACUUUACGUGUGUCGAGUUUAAUGAGUCCGGAGAAUUGUUAGCUACUGGUGAUAAAGCAGGUCGUGUUACGGUUUUUAAGAAUAAUAAAGAUACUGGAUUAUAUGAUAUUUAUUGCACAUUUACGAGUCAUGAACCAGAAUUCGAUUACUUAAAAUCUCUGGAGAUCGAAGAGAAGAUUAAUUCAAUUACUUGGCUUCAAGCAUACUCUUCUGCUCAUCAUCUUCUUUCAGCUAAUGAUAAAACCAUUAAACUGUGGAGAUUAUCAGAAAGACACUAUGAAGCAUAUAAUUUUAAUAUACGUGACGAUGAGAAUGCUAGUUUAUGGGAUGAAAGCUCGGAUCAACUGAAUAUGAUCGGACCACCAAUUCCUCACAUAAUUACUCCAGAUAAACUGCGUAUUCCGAAGUUUCGUAAAUCUCGUCAUCUUACAAUCGAAGCCCGCCCACGACGUUUUUUUGCCAAUGCUCAUGCUUAUCAUAUAAAUGCGGUUUCUGUAAAUUCUGAUCAAGAAACAUUUCUUUCGGCUGACGAUUUACGCAUUAAUCUUUGGCACUUAGAUGUGACCAAUCAGUCAUUUACUAUUGUCGAUUUAAAACCGUCAAAUAUGGAGGAUUUAAGUGAAGUCAUUACUUGUUCACGGUUUCACCCUGUUCAAUGUAAUAUACUGGCCUAUUCAACUAGUCGAGGUUUGAUUCGGUUAUGCGAUAUGCGAUAUCGUGCUCUAUGUGACGAUCAUGUACUCGUGUUUGAGGAUCCAAGUCUUUCACAAAAUCUGGGAUUUUUCGCCGAUAUUAUUGCAAGUUUAUCAGAUUUUCGCUUCGGUCAUACUGGAAAUUAUCUUUUAGCCAGAGAUUAUUUAACAUUGAAAAUUUGGGAUAUGAGAAUGGGCGAUCGACCGUGUGAAAUUUAUUCAGUUCAUGAACCAUUUCGAUCACAACUUUGUAUGUUGUAUGAAAAUGAUGCUAUUUUUGAUAAAUUCUUAUGUGGAUGGUCUGAUGAUGAUAGGUAUGCAAUAACGGGAUCUUACGGCAACCUCUUUCAUAUAUUUGACCGUCACAAUGGCUCUGAUUGGUUGUAUGACCUUGACGAUUCAAGCAAUCCUUAUAACACGAAUUCUGCAUGUAAUACUGAGAGUUACUUAUCACCUAAACGUUUUAUGUCUCCUGAUGAUCCCAUUGGAAGUCGGUUGGGUUUAUCUUCAAUUUUCGUAGCACCAAUGGAUGCUGUGGAAGCUCUCUUUCCAGAAACGACGAGUCAAACCAGUUCGCAUAGCAGCUAUAGUGAUAAUAAUGAUUGGAAUAAAUUUGACGAUAGUUCGAACACCUCAGAGGUGUCACCUGGUAGAACAAAGCUAUCUAACUGUCAAUUAGAAGAUCCCAACCCUACAGAGAAUACUCCCUCAGCACCUCCAACAGGUUCGAAGCGUCGAAAGCAAAUCCUUCCUUCUCGUGCUGAUAUUUCUACUGAUUCUCAUUGUGUUGUACAAAGUGAACACGAGAAGGCCCGUAGUUGUCACCACAAAAGUAAACAUCGUCAUCGCAACAAGCAUUCUCAAUGUGAGAGGAUAGAGAAAUGUGGAUACGAUGUUAGUUCUUCUUGCACAGUACCGAACUCAAAUGAUGGUCAUGAGUUAUCAAGUGUCAUUGUAAAAUUACUGCCUGUCAAAAUAACGUCUAUCGAAGAAUUUCAAUCAGGGACAUCAACUGUCCCUGGAAUGCACCAGAUACACUGUCAGCGUAAGAUACUUCACUUAUCCUGGCACCCGAAGAAAUUCCUUACAGUAGCUCUAUCAGGCAAUCAGAUGUUUCUUGUUUCAGGUCAGCCGACAUUUAGUGGUACAUUGCCUUCACAGAAGGAUUCGAGUCAUUGCUCUUCCUGUUUAUCUAAGUCAACUGACGAUGAGAACAACAUACCUAGUGGACAUUGUGAAGCGAGAUCCACUUCUAUAAGAGACAAGGUAACUCCUAUUUUAUGCAAAAGUUCAAACGUGAAAGCUGCUAAACGUCGUCGCCGUCGUCAUCACCAAGCAGGUAGUUCAAAUUUGGUCAAUGCUUUCCCUAACUUAUCAGAUAGGAGAGAAAAUCACAUUUCUGAUAUUGAUGUUCUUCCUGUUGAUUCUGUGGUUUGUGGAAUGGAUUAUACAACGAAUUAUGAAGCUGACCACGAAGAUAAUUAUGAUGAGCAACACACCUCUAAAGCACAACUAGAUUCUAUUAACUCUGAUCCGAACAGUGAAAGCGUCCCAUGUAUAAAUUCCUUAUUUCCAUCAUCGAGAGAAACAUUUUCAACUAAUUUGAACGAUGUUUUACAUUGA